ACUCGGACGCGAUCUCUACGAUGAUGAACGCAUUUCUGGACGGUGUGUCCUCGCACCCUCACCACCUAGCCAAUCUCGGUAUCAAGCUGUCGCCCGGCGGUGGCGGUGCCACGGGCGGAUCCACGGAUCCCGGGACAGGUGUCCAACCGGCUCCAGGCGAGGCACCGUCCCAGCAACAUCACCAUUUCCAUCCCCAGGGCUAUCCCCCGCAUCAUCCUCAUCCAGCGUCACAUAUGGCGCCUCACAUGGGCCACCAUAUGAGCCAUCAUCCGGGUUACGCGGCUCGUGAUUUUCUCCUACGUAGGGAGCACGAGUUUAACGCGACAGCGAACCCAACCACCCCUGAGAGCGGUCUAGGACUGUUCACACCGUUGCAUCACGACGGCACAGCCGCGACGAUGCAGCAGUUUCCUCAUCAUCCGAGUCAACAUCCACUAGCAGCGAGCCAUUACCCGGGACACUAUCCCCAGGACUCGAGAUUACCGCCCCAUCAUCAGUACUUAGGCCCUCCACACCUGACCCCAGCCUCGAUCCACCACCAACAGCAUCCGGCUGUCACCCAUCCUAGCCAUCAUCCCCACGGCGCUUUUCUGAGGUACAUGAGAAGCAACGGGGCAGGUAGCGGCGGUACCGGCAGCGUAACCGGCGGCCAACGUCAAGAGAUGUCCUGCAUGUGGGUGGACCAGGACGCGCCUGGACCCGGAAGGAAGCUGUGCGGGAAACUCUUCAACUCCCUCCACGAUAUUGUGACGCACCUGACCGUGGAACACGUGGGCGGACCCGAGUGCACCACGCACGCGUGCUUCUGGCAGGGAUGCUCGCGGAACGGCAGGGCGUUCAAGGCCAAAUACAAGCUGGUCAAUCACAUAAGGGUGCACACCGGCGAGAAACCGUUCCCGUGUCCGUUUCCUGGUUGCGGCAAGGUGUUCGCCAGAUCCGAGAAUCUCAAGAUCCACAAGAGGACGCAUACCGGCGAGAAACCGUUCAAGUGCGAAUACUCCGGCUGCGAGAGGCGGUUCGCGAACAGCAGCGAUCGGAAGAAGCACAGUCACGUCCACACGUCGGACAAGCCUUACAAUUGUCGGGUCUCCGGCUGCGACAAGUCUUAUACCCAUCCGAGUUCGUUGCGCAAGCAUAUGAAGGUGCACGGCAUGACCCUGGGCGAGGGCAAGAUUGGAGGGGGCUACGAGAGCGAGGGUGAAGAGAGCAGCAGCAGCGGGGGUAGCUUGUCCGUGACCGGGCACACGGAGUCACCUCAGCCGCCUUCGGUCGUCCCGACAACGACCACCGCCAAUCCACCGUCGAGUCAUCCCUCGACACGAGGGCCGGAGCUGACGGAAUGGUACGUCUGUCAGCCGCCGACGGUCGGUCCGCAGCACAGCCCGUUGCCAGGACCACCGCCGCCCCAUCACCUUGGUCCACACCACUUCAACCCGCUGAUGCAUCAUCAAGCGACUGCCUACUAGUUCGGGACA